GUCUCUCCCUCUGGGGGACAGCGGGUUUCGGGCCCUGUGUGGUCGCGGGUGAACAAUCCUCGCGUGUUUUCAGUCACGUGGGCGCGACUUGCUGUGGAAGUCGUGUGGAAACUCUAUGUUAACGGUGUCGUCGGAGACGCGGGGUGUUAGCCUCCGUUUAGUUUGGUUUUCCGAACUUCAGCGCAGCAGGACGGGUGGGGGCGCCCCGUGAGCACCAGGGGCUCUCCCCUCCCUCUCCUCUCCUGCAGCCCCCCCAUCCACCUGCAGCCCCUCCGCACGCCUCACCUGCAGCCGCGCCCCUGUGCCCGCUCCUGCCUCCCCAGCUGCCAGACUCGCCUUGGCACUCGCUUCCCGGGACUCGGGGGUGAAGCUCUUGCCUGCGGGAGCCCAGUUUCUUCAGGAACCACCCGGAGCAAGAGGGAGCUGACGUUGUCAUUCAGAGCUUGGAAGAGGGACCUUGGACCCCUGGACACUGCCUCAGGAGGGGACUUUACACUCUCCCUUGAAGAGAAUCCAGGCUUCCCGGAGACUUGAGUGACCAGGAGCCACACAGCCUGCCACACGCUCUUUCACCCAACAGUAUGUGAGUGAGGCGAUCCACAGACUUGGCUGUGGCCAGAGGCUGGUGUUUCCACUGCAUAGAAUAUUCUACUCAGUGCCAAUUACCAGAUGCUCCAGACCCUGGGUGAGGGCUCCUACACCAAGAUGAAGCUUUCCUGACACACGCUAACUGGCACUGAGGUGGCCAUAAAGAUCAUCCAAAAGUCACAGAAGAGAACAGAGGUUCCCUGGCCCAGGAGGUAUGCUUCAGAGCCACCUGCACAUUGUCCAGCUCUUCCAGGUCCUGGACACCAAGGGCGAGCUCCUCCUGGUGAAGGAGCACAUGGAGAACUGGUGCACAUGGAGCACAUGGAGAGCUACUCGACUACCUGCAGGACCAUGGGAGCCUGAUAGAGAGCAAGGUCUGCAGUAAAUUCCAGCAGAUCCUCUCUGCCCUAAGCUGCUGCUACUACUAAGGAAUUAUGUCCUGGGACUUGAAUCCUGAGAACCUCUUGAUGGACCUUCAAAAGAACAUCAAGCUGGUGGACUUCAGCCUGAACAUGCAGUGCUCCAACACUCAGCUGAGUACGUCCUGUGGCAGCCCCAAGUAUGCCGCCCCUAAGAUCUACCCUCUGCAACACUGUGAUGGGGGACAUCUGGAGCCUGGGAGUGGUGCUGUACUUGAUGGUGACUGGGUCGCUACCCUUUGUGGGGGACAAGCUUUGGGAGCUCAGGCGGCAUAUCUUCAGCGGCUCUUUCCAUGUGCCCGACUACCUGUCGCACCAGUGCUGGGAACUGAUGAGCAAGUUGAUGGCACUGAACCCCUGGAGAACAAGAACAAAACCAUCCUUCAACACCCCCAGGUACAAGUGACAGAGGAAAUCCUGGCCUUCAGGGAGCGGUCCUAUGUCCACCACAACCCGGCCAUUACUAAGGCCUUGGUCACCAUGGGGUUAAACAGAGACCAUAUCCACAGCUCGGUGUCACAGAUGGUAUGGAGCUGUAGAAGGCCUGUUCUGUGGUCAGCAGGAGCUGCAGGCUCCUCUAGGCUCCCUGAGGAGUCAAACUUCUGGGAAUCCAGAGGAGGAAGAUUGAUGGUGAGAGCAGCAGCCUGCGGGGAAGGGAAUGGAGGAAAGAUGGGUUUUCCAAGGUCACAGAGGAUGGCUGCGACUGAGGUGGCUCCUGAUGAAAUGAUGGGCUCCCAUCACUGCUGGACUGAACUUUCAGAUUACCUGCUCUUCCUGUGGGAGCUCUGGAGGCUUGGAGGCAUCUGAAUGCUGUUUUUCCACUUGAUGAAGACAGUUGGAAAUGGAUCUUUUUGUUAAAAUUUCUAUCCAAUGAAACAUUAAAUCAGUGUUUGAAAUAGACUGCAUAUACUUGUAUGUAUGAAUGCACACACAAUUCUAAUACAUGGUAAUCACAUACUUAAAUUUUCUUUAAAAUCCCUGUGAUCAGCAGUGAAAAUUUUAGAAAUUGUAGAAAGUCACAUCCAUAAUAGGGUGAUAUGAAAUGGCCUUGUAAAUUCAUACCUGUGAAACAGACUGACCUGGGAAACAGACCUGCCAAUGUCUAUGUAAUUAGGUAUUUGGGCUCUUCUAUUUAGGAUCAUGUGCAUGU